AUGGUGCGCAUGAUGGAGGACAACAAGGAGGACCGUUCCCAGCGCGGCAGUGCGAAAAGUAAAGGAGAGCAGCGCCAGCGCUUUGUUGAGCGCCAUGCGCUGCAGGCGGAGCUCGCCGGUUUCCCCCGAUCAGCGUCCGCAGCACCUUUGCCGUCCCGCACCAGAAGCACAGGGAGCUCUGAGGGAGGCGUGGUCAGGGCAUCUCCCUGCUUUGGAUCCCAGCGCCGUGCAGCCUUCGACAAUGUGGCCAUCAGGUGCGAGGAAAAGGACGAGGACCUUGACUGCUGGUUCGGCAAUAGCGCGAGGGAGUGCAUCUUUGUGCGGUGGUAUGAUGUAGCGGACUUCACCGCCAGCGACCGGCACCUGGAGGGCGGCUACAUGAGGCUGAAAUGGGAGGCAGUGAGGGCUCCCGGCAGCGCAGCCCACCAGCCCCGUUUCGAAAUUAUGGAGCUGGACAAGGGCCUGUCUGCCUUCGGCCUGUGCACUGGCACUGUACACUAA